UGUUAGGCAUCAGUCUAAUUAGUAGUUUUAAAUAAGGGGGUUAGGGGAGUUAAAUAGCUUUUAAAGUGCCUAUAGCUUAUUUAGUUGUCUAUUUAGUCCCUGCGUGGACUUUUGGCUAUAAAUAGAAGCUGGGGUAGCCAUAAUAGGGGACGGUUAUUUUGAUUUGUGUGUUGCCUUGUUGCCUAAGAAGUCCCUGUCCCGGUUGCCUUGUUGUUACCUACGGAUUAUCCCCCAUAUCAAUAAACUUCAGUUUAUCUACAUUUCUGCUUAGAUCUGUGAGCUUGUUUACUGGUUUUGCUGGUUGAAUUACCAGUGCCUAACAUUGGUAUCAGAGCACUCCUUCCUGGCAUCCUAAUCGAUCGAUCAACAGCAUCAACGAUCUGGAGGGAUGGAAGAAGAUUGGACACCAGAAAUGGAGGCUCGCUUGGAUAAGUUCGAACUGGAGAUGAAGACGGCUAUGGCAAACCUCGCAGCUUCCAUGACCGCACAGAUGCAGAAGUGCAUCGCGGAUUCUAUGGCAGCGAUUUCAGCAUCUACAGCCGCGAAGAAGGAACAAAGGGGAAGAUCACGAUCAUUGCAUCUUCCGGCUUCUAACAGUUCGCAGAUGCGAACGAAGUCUUCCAGUGCAUCGCGAAAUGCGCAGGGUCAGUCGCGAACUUCCUCCCUCAGUUCGCAGUCGCAGAGAUCAACGCUCACAUAUCAUUCCAGUUUACAAUCGCGAACUUCAUCUUCCCGUUCGCAGACUUCAUCUCUAGCUUCACACAGUUCGCCGUCACCAACAACGUCAUCUCCCAGCUCAUUGCGAAUUGAUUCUACUCGCAGAUCUUCAUCUCCCUUGCAAUCAGCUUCACAACGGGCCAACUCUCAACAUCAACGAACAAAGGAAUCUGAGCGUCUAGCUGCGUCGGAAGGUAAAUACGAUCACUCUCACUCUAGUAUGGGUCAGGAUAGCAGUAGAAGAGAUAUUGGCUCGGGAAGUAAGGUUGAAUUACCCUGGUUUAAUGGAGAAGAAGUAGACAAAUGGAUAGUUAAGAUGGAAGAAUACUUCCGACUCAAAUCUAUUGAGGAUGAGGAAAGACCAGAGGAGAAAUCUUCUGGGGUGACUCAGUCCUGGACAGUCAUGGAAUAUAAAUCUUCUGAUCACAAGAUUGCUGGCCCAAAUAGUUCUGAAUUGGAGAACCAAGUGGUUCCUGAAAUCUAUAAAGGUGCUGAGCUGAUAAAUGCAGUCCCUGAAGGAAUUGCUAUACCUUGACAGUCCAACUUAAUAUCUACUACAACAUCUAAGAAGGCCAGAAAAGAAGAGAUGGGUAUGAACAAGGAGGAAACUGAGAAAAUAGAAGAGGGUAAUGAUGGAAAGCAGCUUCAGGGAAUGAUCCGCUCAGAUACUGAUGCUACUACGGAUUGUGGAUUAUAUCCGAUCUCUGAAUCAAACUCCAGUUAUCAGGUGGCACCAACUGACCAAAGAGGAAGUUAGUCGGGCAUCUUACUAUUUUGAAGAAAUCAUGUGGCUCAGGACUAACAAGGGAACCUGCACACAUGUUACAAGCUGAAGAAGGAGCUCAUGGACAAGAACAAAAGAAUGCGGUCAACUUCUAUGUCCCUUGUGCAAAGGAUGCCUCAGGUGAAGUCCAUUGGCAGAAUUUACAUAAGAGUUUGCAUCAGGUUUCAUCGGCAGUAAAUGGAAGGUAUGAGGCAUUCCAGAAAAUAGAGGAUGCUCCGAGGGCUACCAAAGCUGACAAUUCUUUUCUGGAGAAACUAGGUAUAACUGAAGGUUCUCUCUCUGAAGAUGAUGGAGAUGGAUAUGAGUAUAUCAAUGGUGGACACCUGUGGAAAACCUACGCUGCUAAACUUUCUUCUUCAGUUUCUACCUUGAUAGUGGCCAAUACUGAAGGAUUGUGGAAAAGGUCAAACCGCGGCUUACUUGUAAAACUAUUGGUUGGUAAAGAUGAUAUGUUUGAGUCAUUUGUUAAUAAUGGAGAGCCUAUGCAAACAGCAAUGCCAACAGAGAAUGAGGUCUCAAGGUUGGUAAUAGCAAGUGAAGUUAUGGAAGGGCUGCAUAAGUUUGAUGGCUACAGAUUUGAGGAUGAAAUUUCUGUGAAGUAUGUCCAAAAAGGUGUGGGGGUAAGAAUUACUGGAAUUUGGAAUGAGAAGGUUGGUUAUAUUACUGAUGGACUCGUUGACAUCUUCCUGGUGAUUGAUAAUGAAUUCAAUUCAGCUAUUCCCCAGGCAGCUUUGAUCAUGGGUGAGAAUGCAAGGAGAAUGCUGAUAGAUUGGAUACUAGUUCAAAGGGAAGGUGCAGGUUUGGACCUUAGUUUUUUUAUGGCAAUUGAUGAUCCAUGGGUUCAGAUACUCAGGAAAAGAGAAAAGAAUUGGGAAUUGGGAUCUUUAGCAAAGCAAGUGGGUAAGAAUGAUCUACUGAUUGGGGAAAUUGAAGGAUCAAUCCUCACUUACUCCAAUGAAAUGGUAGUUAAGGGCGACAGUUUGAUACUUUCUUCAAUUCGGGAUUCCUCUAACUCUAAACUGAGAGGGGCUGAGGAGUUUAAUUUUGCAUACCAGUGGGAUAAAGUCAGGGAGGGCCUGGAUUCUAUUACUCAGGCUGUUGUUUUUGAGGUCUACACCAGAGAGCAUCUCAUGGAUUUAUCCUUAAAGCCAGAAAGUGUUAGUAAUGUCAAAGUUGACGAAAAGUGGCUGGAUGGACUGCACACACUUGAUGGAACUGUUCAGCAAGUAGUUUACACCUAUAUUUUGCCUAUGAUGCAGCAGCAGCGAGAUUCUCACUUUUGCAGCAACAGGGAGCAUUCUGGCACCAAGAUAUUGUUUCUGCUCCUUGCAGUGAAGAAUAGGAAGAUGCAAUUUCAAGUACGUGAGCUAAAUGUCCAAAAAUCCGGGAGGUAUUGGGAAGGGAGAGGUGCAAGAAUGAAGUGCAAGCGGAAGAUCAUGGCUGACUCCUAUCACCCACCUUGAGGGCAAGGUGGUUGUUUAGGGGGGGAGUAUUGUUAGGCAUCAGUCUAAUUAGUAGUUUUAAAUAAGGGGGUUAGGGGAGUUAAAUAGCUUUUAAAGUGCCUAUAGCUUAUUUAGUUGUCUAUUUAGUCCCUGCGUGGACUUUUGGCUAUAAAUAGAAGCUGGGGUAGCCAUAAUAGGGGACGGUUAUUUUGAUUUGUGUGUUGCCUUGUUGCCUAAGAAGUCCCUGUCCCUGUCCCGGUUGCCUUGUUGUUACCUACGGAUUAUCCCCCAUAUCAAUAAACUUCAGUUUAUCUACAUUUCUGCUUAGAUCUGUGAGCUUGUUUACUGGUUUUGCUGGUUGAAUUACCAGUGCCUAACAGCUUGAAAUUGCCACCAAAGAAGGUGGGAAGGAUGAAGAUGUGAAUGAUUUAACAGAAGGGUUUGAUGGGACAAAGAUUCAUGGAGAGGACGGUUGCUGCUAUUUGUCAAGUGAUGAAGACGUAGAACUUGUUUGGAAAGAUUUUCCAGAAAAGUUCAACAAAUUUUUGAAGUAAAGGGAGUCGAGAAAAAGAAGGCAGGGGAGUUUAGGAUCCUCUUGCGGCAGUGGUGCUUAGCUACGUAUUAACAGCUUUUUUUAUCAUCUAAAGGCAACACCACCUGCAACACAAAGCUGGAGGGUGGGGGGAAUUUGACUGUGAGUUCAAGCAAUGCUUCUAGUGCUUCCAAAAAAGAACAGCAGAAAGAAGAGAAACCUUCCGACUUUCGCAAGUCAGUUAGGCGUAAACUUUUAUUUGAGUGAUAGAUCACUUUAUGUUUUACCAUCAAUUAGAGUGCUCCUCUUCUUGUUUUGUCUGUGAACUGC